AUGCCGUUCAAUGCCGGUUUGCGGUCUGCAGCGCUUCUGCUUGUAAGCUUGGCUUUUGCGACACGGUUCUAUGAUUUUCUCAUAGAAAGCAAUGGAUUAAAGGCGGAGCUCGCCGAAUUCUCUGCGCAGAAUGCGCAAUGCUUUUGUUGUAGUAAUCGGCAUUUGAAUCCAAUUACAGGGGAGAAGUUGUCUUGUGACCGAGCGCUGGUCAAUGCAUCCAUCGCACAUUGGUAUGGUGACGAUGAUGUGACGGAAGGUUUAGCCACCUUCAACGAGUUGAUCCGUGGACGCUUCAGAGAAGAAGUUGGGGAAGCCGUAAGAGGGGCACGGAUGCCGUUCCACUUUGUUCUCGUGGCUUCUGUCUGGCCUGCGAUGCACCAGCUCGACUACAUCACGAUGGGCGAGCUUGAGAGCAAUUCGCAGAAGCGGGAUGGCGCUGCCGCGAGAAUCUUUCAGUGCCUGCACAUCAUGUUUAUCAUCUUUCCUCUGAUGUUUGGAAUUCUGAUGGCCAUCAUGCGAGCGAUGUCGCAUACGAAGCGAUUCAACAAGUGUGCCAUCACUGCGGUCUUCGCUUUGACAAACUGCACCCUUCAUUGGGUCUUCAUCCAAAUUGGGCGGCUGUUGAGGAAGGGGGGCUGGUUUUGUGUGCCGCUGGUUUUGGCCGAGUCAUUUGCUGUCUUCUUGUUCUUCCAAGACAGCGGCAUGAAGACUCGGACGGACAAGUUUGCAAAGAAAGUGAAGGACAUCACUACAUUGCCUAGCUUGGAUCUCGUCCGGGGCAUGCUCAGUUCGGCAAGUUGUGCAAGCAAACUGUACAUCUUCGGCGGCAACGAGGUGAGUUCCGUGGUAGCCGAAUGCUUCAGUCCUCAAGAAGGCUCCUGGGUGUCGAUGGGAAGACUUGCAACAUCACGUCGAUGCUUUGCUGCAGCGCUGGAACUCCUACCAGAAGCAUGCCAUGGCAGUAUGGCGCGGCACUGUAUGAGCCUUCACCUGAACUUGGCGCAGACUUGUUUGCAGCUCAAGGCCCACGAGGCCACCGUGCAUCACGCCACACGAGCGUUGAAAGUGGACCAGGAAAAUGCCAAGGCUUUUUUCCGGCGUGGCUUGGCGCAGGAAGCCCUGGGCAAAACCCAGGCUGCGGCGAACGACCUACAGCGUGCUGCCAGGAUAGAGCCACGCAACGCGGAUAUCCGCCGGAAGUAUGAAGAGCUGAAGAAGGCUCUUCAAGAGAUGCAGAAGAAACAGGAAGAGGAAGAGGGGCCAGUCGACCAUGACAUCAGCUCAUUGCCUCGGGCUUGGCUGGAAGUCGCCAUCGACGGUGCUGAAGCCAAGAGAGUUGUGUUUGCCCUUUAUGCCGACACUGUGCCAAAGACUGCGGAGAAUUUCCGCCGGCUUUGUACGGGCGAGCAUCCAGGAACCACAGCGCGUGGGAAGCCGUUCCACUACAAGGGCAGCAUUUUGCAUCGUAUGAUUCCUGGUUUGAUGAUCCAGGGCGGUGAUUUCGAGAAUGCCAAUGGGACGGGCGGAGAGUCCGUUUGGUCGCGGCGAUUCGCUGAUGAAGGCUUCAGGGACCCCGUCUCGCGACGAGGUCUUCUCUGCAUGGCGAAUGACGGCCCCAACACAAACGGAUCCAACUUCUUCGUGUCCUUCGCGGAGGCAGAACACCUUCACAGGCGAUGGGACAUCUUCGAGUGUGAGAGAUUGAACCCGUGGAGCCCCAAAGCUCUCGGCAUGGCCAACGUUUUGUGUGUGACUGGCCGUGGAAGCUGUUAG